AUGGGCUUGUUUUCAUUCGACAGCGGCAAGAAGGAUUCUCAACCCCCUAACACCCGGUCGCAGCGGAAGCUGUGCUGGGAGUCCAGGGACGUGUUCUUCCAGUGUCUGGACAGAGCCAAUGUUCUGGACGCCACCGACCCCAAGAACGGCAAGAUCAUAGGUGCCCAGUGUCCGGCGGAGAACAAGAAGUUUGAGGAGAACUGCGCUCACAGUUGGAUCAAGUACUUCAAGGAGAAGCGGAUCACCGACUUUCGGAGGGAGGAGGCCAUCAAGAAGAUCGAGCAGGAAGCCCAGCAGAGGGAGCACAAGCAAUGA